CCUGUUGAGGCUUCCUUUGGCGUCACUGACGGUGCGGUCGCGGAGCAUCGUGGGUAGGAGGGAGAUUAGGUCUCACAGCUCCGGAAGAUGGCGGACGCUUUCGGGGAUGAGCUCUUCAGCGUGUUCGAGGACGACUCGACCGCUGCGCCCGGAACCAAAAAAGACAAAGAAAAGGAGAAAGGGAGGUGGAAGGGGCCAUCAGGGUCUGCAGAAAAGGCUGGAAAACAUUUUGAUGGUAAACUACAAUCUGAGUCAACUAACAUUGGAAAAACCAAGAGAGAUGCAGACUUCGAGGGCACAGAUGAACCCUUUUUUGGAAAGAAAUCCAGGGUAGAAGAGUCAGUAACGGAAGACUUAAGUUUGGCAGACUUGAUGCCCAGGGUCAAGGUACAAUCAGUUGAAACUGUUGAGGGGUGUACACAUGAGGUUGCUCUUCCUGCAGAUGAAGAUUAUCUACCACUUAAACCUCGAGUUGGAAAAGCUGCAAAGGAAUACCCAUUCAUUCUUGAUGCUUUUCAAAGAGAAGCCAUUCAGUGUGUUGAUAAUAAUCAGUCUGUUUUAGUAUCUGCACAUACAUCAGCAGGAAAAACUGUAUGCGCUGAAUAUGCCAUUGCACUGGCCUUAAGGGAAAAACAGCGUGUAAUAUUUACCAGCCCAAUUAAGGCUUUGAGUAACCAGAAAUACCGUGAAAUGUAUGAAGAGUUUCAAGAUGUUGGUCUGAUGACUGGAGAUGUUACUAUCAAUCCUACAGCAUCUUGUCUUGUUAUGACCACAGAGAUUUUGAGAAGUAUGCUGUACAGAGGUUCUGAAGUUAUGCGAGAAGUUGCUUGGGUCAUAUUUGAUGAAAUUCAUUACAUGAGAGAUUCAGAGCGUGGUGUCGUAUGGGAAGAAACUAUUAUUUUGCUUCCUGAUAAUGUUCACUAUGUCUUUCUUUCGGCUACCAUUCCAAAUGCCCGACAGUUUGCUGAAUGGAUUUGCCAUUUACAUAAACAGCCUUGCCAUGUAAUUUACACAGAUUAUCGGCCUACUCCAUUGCAGCACUACAUUUUUCCAGCAGGGGGAGAUGGUCUGCACCUUGUGGUUGAUGAAAAUGGUGACUUCAGAGAAGAUAAUUUUAAUACUGCGAUGCAAGUACUUCGGGAUGCUGGUGAUUUGGCAAAAGGAGAUCAAAAGGGGCGGAAAGGAGGAACAAAAGGACCAUCAAAUGUAUUCAAGAUUGUGAAGAUGAUUAUGGAAAGAAAUUUUCAGCCUGUAAUUAUUUUCAGUUUCAGUAAGAAAGAUUGUGAAGCCUAUGCACUUCAAAUGACCAAAUUAGAUUUCAACACAGAUGAAGAGAAGAAGAUGGUUGAAGAAGUAUUCAGUAACGCAAUUGACUGCUUAUCUGAUGAAGAUAAAAAGCUCCCGCAGGUUGAACAUGUUCUUCCUCUCUUGAAGCGGGGCAUUGGUAUUCACCAUGGUGGUUUACUUCCUAUUUUGAAAGAAACUAUAGAAAUUCUCUUUUCUGAAGGAUUGAUAAAGGCCUUAUUUGCCACAGAGACUUUUGCUAUGGGAAUUAACAUGCCAGCUAGAACUGUUUUAUUCACGAAUGCCCGAAAAUUUGAUGGGAAGGAUUUUCGAUGGAUUUCCUCUGGUGAAUACAUUCAGAUGUCUGGUCGUGCUGGAAGGAGGGGAAUGGAUGAUAGAGGAAUUGUAAUUCUCAUGGUAGAUGAAAAGAUGAGCCCAACAAUUGGGAAACAACUGCUUAAGGGCUCAGCUGAUCCUCUAAAUAGUGCUUUCCAUUUGACUUACAACAUGGUUUUGAACUUACUACGAGUAGAAGAAAUUAAUCCUGAAUACAUGUUGGAAAAAUCCUUCUAUCAGUUUCAGCAUUAUAGAGCAAUUCCAGGAGUAGUAGAGAAGGUAAAGAACUCGGAAGAACAGUAUAAUAAAAUAGUAAUACCAAAUGAAGAAAGUGUAGUCAUCUAUUAUAAGAUUAGACAGCAGCUUGCUAAAUUGGGUAAAGAAAUUGAAGAAUAUAUUCACAAACCAAAAUACUGCUUACCAUUUCUACAACCAGGUCGUUUGGUAAAGGUAAAGAAUGAAGGAGAUGAUUUUGGCUGGGGUGUAGUGGUGAAUUUCUCAAAAAAAUCAAAUGUUAAGCCUAAUUCUGGUGAACUGGAUCCUCUAUAUGUAGUAGAAGUACUCCUGCGCUGUAGCAAAGAGAGCUUGAAAAAUUCAGCUACUGAGGCUGCAAAGCCCGCUAAACCUGACGAGAAAGGAGAGAUGCAGGUUGUUCCAGUUUUGGUGCAUCUUCUGUCUGCUAUCAGCAGUGUUAGGCUUUACAUUCCUAAAGACCUUCGACCACUGGACAAUAGACAGAGUGUCUUAAAAUCAAUACAGGAAGUUCAGAAGCGUUUUCCUGAUGGUGUUCCUUUAUUAGAUCCUAUUGAUGACAUGGGCAUUCAAGAUCAAGGGCUGAAAAAAGUCAUCCAGAAAGUAGAGGCUUUUGAGCAUCGAAUGUAUUCUCAUCCACUUCAUAAUGAUCCAAAUUUGGAAACUGUGUAUACUCUUUGUGAAAAAAAAGCACAGAUUGCUAUAGAUAUUAAAUCUGCAAAGCGAGAACUAAAGAAAGCAAGAACUGUCUUACAAAUGGAUGAGCUCAAAUGUCGCAAACGUGUUUUAAGGAGGUUGGGAUUUGCUACAUCUUCUGAUGUCAUAGAGAUGAAAGGACGAGUGGCUUGCGAGAUAAGCAGUGCUGAUGAACUUCUUCUAACUGAGAUGAUGUUUAAUGGCCUUUUCAAUGACCUAUCUGCAGAACAGGCAACAGCACUACUAAGCUGCUUUGUGUUUCAAGAGAAUUCUAGUGAGAUGCCAAAAUUAACAGAGCAGUUAGCAGGACCACUUCGUCAAAUGCAGGAAUGUGCUAAAAGAAUAGCAAAAGUUUCAGCAGAAGCCAAAUUGGAAAUUGAUGAGGAGACUUACCUGAGCUCAUUUAAACCUCACUUAAUGGAUGUGGUAUAUACUUGGGCGACUGGAGCUACAUUUGCCCAUAUCUGCAAAAUGACGGAUGUUUUUGAAGGCAGCAUAAUUCGUUGUAUGAGGCGCCUGGAAGAACUACUUCGACAAAUGUGUCAAGCAGCAAAAGCCAUUGGAAACACUGAGCUGGAAAAUAAAUUUGCAGAAGGAAUCACCAAAAUCAAGAGAGACAUUGUGUUUGCUGCCAGCCUCUACUUAUAGAGUCAGCUAAAGGAAUGUGGGAUUUUAAAUUGUUCACCACCUGUCUGAUUACAGUUGACAGCAAAUGUUUACAAGUACUGACUUGGUUUUCCCAUCUCAAGACAGUUGUCCUCACAUAUUUUAAUAUGUAUUAUAUUUAAGUCAAGCAUCAUUCUAAGAAAGCAUAUUACAUACACAUUUAUACAUAAGCAUUACAUUUUUUAAUAAAAAAUGUACAGGUGGGGCA